AUGUCGUGGUUCAGUGGCUUCCUAGUCGCCAGGGUGGACGACCGCAAGACCGCGUGGGGGGAGCGCAAUGGCAAGAAGUCCAAGCGGAAAGCCGCCGGCUCCUCGCUGUGCGGACCCCGCUACAUGAGCUGCCUGCGGGACCCCGAGGCCAUGGAGCCCCCCGCCCAGGCCCCCCACCACCAUCACCGCGGCAACAACCGGGCCGCCGGGGGCGGCGGCGUGGGAGGGGCCGGGGGCGUGGCCUCCGGCGGGGGCGGGGGCAGCUUCGGCCUGCGCUGCGGCUGGCAGGAGGACCACUACGGCAAGAAAGGAGGGGAGGUGGGGCUGAAGUCGGUGGACCUGGGGUUCGAGGACGGGGAGGCGAAGGGGAGGAAAGGAGGGGACGCGGAGGACGGCGCGGGCGGCGCCGGGGGCGCGCUGACGGCGGCGGACUGCUGGCAGAGGGUGGCGCGGGUCUUCCAGUCCAAGAAGUUCCAGUCGGCCAAGCUGGAGCGGCUGUACCAGCGGUACUUCUUCCGGCUGAACCAGAGCAGCCUGACCAUGCUGAUGGGCGUGCUGGUGAUCGUGUGCGGCGUCAUGCUGGCCUUCCACUGCGUGCAGGGCCCCCCCGACGUGGCCUACGCCUCCGUGCUGGCCGUGGCCAUGGCGCUCUUCCUGGCGCUCAUGGUGGUCUGCAACCGCAACGGCUUCCACCAGGACUACAUGUGGAUCGUCAGCUACCUGGUCAUCGCCGUGCUCUUCGUGGUGCAGGUCUUCGGCGUGCUGAGGGUGGAGCCGCGCUCCGCCUCCGAGGGCAUCUGGUGGUCCGUGUUCUUCAUCUACAUCAUCUACACCCUGCUGCCGGUGCGCAUGAGGGCGGCCGUGCUGAGCGGGGUGGUGCUCUCCUCCAUCCACAUGCUCACCGCCUGGAGGCUCAACCUGGAGGACAGCUUCCUGUGGAGACAGCUCAGUGCCAAUGCCCUGAUAUUCCUGUGCACCAAUAUCAUUGGGAUCUGUACCCACUACCCUGCCGAGGUGUCGCAGCGCCAGGCCUUCCAGGAGACGCGGGGCUACAUCCAGGCCCGGCUGCACCUGCAGAGGGAGAACCAGCAGCAGGAACGCCUGCUGCUCUCCGUGUUGCCAAGGCACGUUGCCAUGGAGAUGAAGGCUGACAUCAAUGCCAAGAAGGAAGACAUGAUGUUUCACAAAAUUUACAUCCAGAAGCACGACAACGUCAGCAUCCUGUUUGCGGACAUCGAGGGCUUCACCAGCCUGGCCUCCCAGUGCACGGCGCAGGAGCUGGUCAUGACGCUGAACGAGCUGUUCGCCCGCUUCGACAAGCUGGCCUCGGAGAAUCACUGCCUGCGGAUCAAGAUCCUCGGAGACUGCUAUUACUGUGUGUCCGGGCUUCCCGAGCCGCGCGCGGACCACGCCCACUGCUGCGUGGAGAUGGGCGUGGACAUGAUCGAGGCGAUCUCGCUGGUGCGCGAGGUCACGGGGGUCAAUGUGAACAUGCGCGUGGGGAUCCACAGCGGCCGUGUGCACUGCGGGGUGCUGGGAUUGCGCAAGUGGCAGUUCGACGUGUGGUCCAACGACGUGACGCUGGCCAAUCAGAUGGAGGCAGGAGGGAAAGCUGGGCGGAUCCACAUCACCAGGGCCACCCUGCAGUACCUGAACGGGGACUAUGAGGUGGAGCCUGGCUUUGGGGGCGAGAGGAACGCCUACCUGAAGGAGAACAGCAUCGAGACCUUCCUCAUCCUGGGCUGCAGCCAGAAACGGAAGGACGAGAAGGCGGUGAUGGCGAAGAUGCAGCGUGCCCGUGCCAGCUCCAGCGAAGGGCUGGUGCCACGCUGGGUGCCCGAGCGCUCCUUCUCCCGCACCAAGGACUCCAAGGUCUUCAGGCAGAUGGGCAUUGAUGAAACGUCAAGCAAGGACAACCGCUGCACCCAGGAGGCCAUGAACCCCGAGGACGAGGUGGAUGAGUUUUUGGGGCGCGCCAUCGACGCGCGGAGCAUCGACCAGCUGCGCAAGGACCACGUCAGGAAGUUCCUGCUCGUCUUCCAGACCUCCGACCUGGAGAAGAAGUAUUCCAAGAAGGUGGACGACCGAUUCGGGGGCUACGUGGCCUGCACCCUCCUCGUCUUCUGUUUCAUAUCCUUCGUCCAGAUCGUCAUCUUUCCUCAUACACCCCUCAUGUUGGGCAUCUACAUCAGCAUCUUCAUCAUCCUCGCCAACAUCCUCUUCAUCUGUGCCAUCUACUCCUGCAUUAAGUUAUUCCCGGCCGCCAUGCAGACAGUGUCGAAGAAGAUUGUACAGUCUCGCACCAACAGCACGCUGGUGGGAGUCUUCACCAUCAUUCUGGUCUUCAUCUCUGCCUUUGUCAACAUGUUCGCCUGCAGCAGGGAGAGCCUGCCGGAGUGCGUGGCGCAGAGCCUCAACACCACCGUCGACCAGGUGGGCCUGUGCCACAUCCGCAACCUCACCCUGUCGGCCGGGGAGGGGCUGGUGCUGUGCCCGGGGGAUGCCCCGCCCUGUAUCUUCCCCGAGUAUUUCAGCUACAGUGUGCUCCUCACCCUGCUGGCGUGCUCGGUGUUCCUGCAAAUCAGCAGCAUUGGGAAGCUGGCGCUGAUGCUGCUGAUCCAGUUGGCGUACCUGGUCAUCGUGGAGUGGCCCGAGGUGGCCCUGUUUGACAACGCCGACCUCUUCGUCACCGCCAACGCGCUACAUUGGAAUGACACAGAGCAGUGGUCCUCCACCAACGAGACAGACCAAUGUAGCUGGGACAACAUGACCAAGGUGCCACUGAAGCUGAUGACCCCGGUCAUCCUGACGGUGUUCGUCCUGGCGCUGUACCUUCACGCCCAGCAGGUGGAGUCCACCGCGCGGCUGGACUUCCUGUGGAAACUGCAGGCGACGGAGGAGAAGGAGGAGAUGGAGGAGCUGCAGGCCUACAACCGCAGGCUGCUCCACAACAUCCUGCCCAAAGACGUAGCCGCCCACUUCCUGGCGCGGGAGAGGCGCAACGACGAGCUGUACUACCAGUCCUGCGAGUGCGUGGCCGUCAUGUUCGCCUCCAUCAGCAACUUCUCCGAGUUCUACGUGGAGCUGGAGGCCAACAACGAGGGCGUGGAGUGCCUGCGGCUGCUGAACGAGAUCAUCGCCGACUUCGACGAGAUCAUCAGCGAGGAGCGGUACCGGCAGCUGGAGAAGAUCAAGACCAUCGGCAGCACCUACAUGGCCGCCUCGGGCCUCAACGACUCCACCUACGACAAGGAGGGCAAGUCGCACAUCACGGCUCUGGCCGACUACGCCAUGCGGCUCAUGGAGCAGAUGAAGUACAUCAACGAACAUUCCUUCAACAACUUCCAGAUGAAAAUCGGGCUGAACAUCGGGCCCGUGGUGGCGGGGGUGAUCGGGGCGCGGAAGCCGCAGUACGACAUCUGGGGCAACACAGUGAACGUGGCCAGCCGCAUGGACAGCACCGGGGUGCCCGACCGCAUCCAGGUGACCACCGACCUGUACCAGGUGCUGGCGGGGAAAGGCUACCAGCUGGAGUGCCGCGGCGUGGUCAAGGUGAAGGGGAAGGGCGAGAUGACCACAUACUUCUUGAACGACGGCCCCCAGAACAGUUAGCAGUGAGCAGGGAGGGGAGGGGGCGGGGAGGCGGCGCAGCGGACCGCUGAGGAGAACCCCGAUCACUUGAACAAAGAGGCCUUGAAAGCGUUCGGGACGGCCCAGAAGGAAACAUGAAAUAUUUCUGUUUUUUUGGUGUGCGUUUGUCCCAUUUUUGUCGGCACAAAUUGAAGGAGACUCUGGGGGGGGGGGGUUAAGCCUCCAUCACUUGAGGCUACUUGAAAGGUGCAAAAUCGUCUUUUUAUAAACGAGGCUUUUUCGCCUUGGAAGGAAGGACUGGACCACAAGUCUUUUGUGUCUCCAUCACGUUCGCAGUUCCAGGACAGUUCUCAACACAGGUACUUGUAUUUUUGGGUCAGUCUCUACAUUAUUUAUUUAUCUUCAGGAAAGUUUUUUUUUUUAAUCUACAAACUCCUACAAAUGUGUGUAUUGUUCAAAACAAACAACAAAAACAACAACCAAAGAACGGAAUAUUUAACCUGAGGAGCUUGAGAAACAUCGGCUUCAUUUUCACCUCUGCUGAAUAAUCGCUCUUUAAUCUGGUAAUCAAAAUUGUUUUUUGGUGUUUGUUCUGCAAACCCCUCUUUGCUCAAUUUUGUUUUUCUUGUGUUUUAUUUAUUUUAGGUUUUGUCUUUAGAAACUGACCAAGUAAUAACCACUUGAUAUUCUUCUUUGGGUCAAAGAAAAAUUAUUUUUAAUUAUUUGUGUUCUGAUGGGCUCUUGAGGAUGAAGGAAGUCUGUUGUUUCUUGUUUUGUUUUUCUUUUCCUUGAAACAGAAAGAUGUAUGUACAUCAGAAACACCUUUCAACUUGCUUUUCACACUGUUAAGCCGUUGCGGCCUGCUAGGCCCCGAUUCAACAAAGAAGCCUGGGACUCGAUUUUAUUUCCCACCCCGCAACUCCUCCCAAGGCCUCCUGGACACGAUGUGCGGGACUCUGCCCAGGCGCAGUCCUUCAAGUACACAGGAGCAGAGCCUGCGGCAUUUGUUUAUACGUGCUAUCAGUGACCUUUUCUUCUUCUCUUUGCAAAGAAGUAUUUUUGGUACAAAACUAAAACAGGAAAAAAAAACCCACAAACACUUGAGAGAAGCGAAGACUCCAGUCUUCUGUCCUCUGAACUGUUCUAUUGCAUCGGACACCGCGGUACCAGACAGUAUAUAACCUUCUGAUUCUUAUAGAGAAGACAUUUUUUUAAGAAAAGAAAAAAUAUACAUAAAUAUAUAUAAAUAUAUUAUGACUGAAUACUGUGCUUUAUAAUCUUCAAGGGGCGUAACUCUUUUCACUGUGAGGUUUAUAUGAUACAACACCAAGUUGCUCUCUAGCCAAACUUCCUACUCUGAAGCAUGACUGAUUGUGGUAACUCUACAUUUGUUUCUUCCUAGUUUUCCAUGUUGGGUAUUUUUAUCACCUCUAUUAACCUUUUAAUUGUUAUUAAUGUUAUUAUAAUUACUGUUAUGAUUACUCCAUUCCAACUUAAAGCAUCAAAGACCAGAACGCCCCCGGCGAAAGACGGGGUGUCGCCCUCGCCCUCCUCGGUGGCCCCUGGGAGGAGUGUGGGGUGCCUGUCCGUCUCGCCCUCCCGGGAGGCUGAACAGACUCGGCCAGGAACAAUCAAGGAGACACUUCCUGUCAGAGAGGAAGUGGAUGGCGCGUGUGUAUAGCGGGACACCCCAAACCAUAUUAUCCCUACCCCUGGGGGCCCCGUAAAGAUGCGGCCCUGCGAUUAGCGAUGCACGGGUCUGAACGUUUUCCCCCGGUCGAGCCUGCGCGCUCAUUCUGCUCUUUUGCCCUUGCUGUCACACCUCACUGUGGCCAAUCGGGGUAUUGCUGUCCUGGGAUGGGGUGGCACAGUGAAUGCACAGCCGCAGAGCAGGGCGCAAACGAGGACAGAUGAUGUCCGAUGUGGAAGAGUACAGUUUGUGCGCCUGUGUGUAGGGACGGAGGUUUAAGAUGGUGCGAAAGGGCUGGGGGCCACUGUCCAGUGGGUUAGACAGGUCACGGUAAAUCAGCACCACCUUUAACAGGAUUUGAAAGGAGGGUUAAAUUAGUCCAUUUGUGCUGAUCGCGCCUCAUACUAGUAUCUAACCAGGGAUGAAGGUAAACCAGGAGGCCCUGUGACCCCAGACACAGCUGCAGGAUCCUGGGUUUGAUUCCCAGUGCUUGCCUGUACAAAGUUUGCAUGUUCUUCCUGUGAUCACACAGGUCUUUUCCAGGUGCGCUGGUCACCUCCCCUCUCCCAGAGACCCAUGGUCUGGGUUUGAGCGGUUGCUCAGUCCCUCCCCCCCCUCACUGCUGUGCCCUGUCAAGAGUGGCUUUCGUGCUUUUGGGCUUUGGUGGAACUUGAAUGCAGCUGAUCUUGAAUUGUCUGUCUAAUUCAGUGGUUUGUUAUUACUGUUACGAUUAUUCCAUUCCAAAUGAAAGGAUCAAAGACCAGUACAUCUAAGGCAGGAAUCUCCAACCCUGCUCCUGGGGAGCCCCAGUCCUGCAGGAUCUGGGGGUCACCAUUAAACCACCCGUGUCUAAAGAAUAUGGGAUCAAUUCCCUUGUGAUCAAUUAAACAGGUGAUUAGUUGAAAAAAGAAAUUUAGCAAUCAUGCAGAACUAAACUCUUAUAUUAUCUUCAGCCUUCAAGGACUAGAAUUCCCUGAUCAGAUUACUUGUCUGAUUCAUCAGCGGAUCACAGGUGAUCUAUACAUCUAAUAGGCUGAGGUUCCACAAAGCCAGGAUUGGGGACCCCUGCUCUAAGCUAGCCCACAGGACACUGGCCAUCACGCCUUAAUGUUAGUAUUUUGGUUGGGAUGGAGUGAAUGGGGAUUUCUGCUAAAACCCAAGGGACUCUGUGCAUUUUACUGUAGUGCCACCUAGUGUUCAACGAGUUGAGUUCCCACGAAUUUCAAGACAAGACGAGAAGAGGUUUGGCAUUUCUAUACAGAAACAGUCAUAUGAUGAAAUAAGACAAUGAGAAAAAAAAUAAAAAAGACGUUUUUCCCCCUUGAAAAAAAA